CGAGGAAACGUCAGAGGAGCUGUGUCAGUUUUACGUGUGAAUUUCAGAUAGUGCGACAUCAAAAUGGAUUUUCUACAAAUAUUCCUUUUUUGUGUGCUUUUCUCGCCAAUUGCCCCCUUUGGGCACAUCGAUAGAGAUCUUACCAUUUAUCACAAGUAUGAGACGAGUGAGUCGCUUUUACCCCAUCUGAGUGAUGUGACGCUCGAGCGCGCCAAGAGACAAGCAACGCCAGAUCCAAAGACUUCGUCAGCUGAAGCGGCAACAACGAAAGCCACUGCAAAUGCCACAAGUGCUGAGACAUCGAAUGCCACCUCCACGGAAGCCACAGUCACGCUGGAUCCUGUCCUCAAGGACUCCAGCAUGCACAAUCUGGGUGUCAAUGGCACGGGCCAGAGGAAGGUGUAUCCCACCACGCCGCUUCCCACUAAAGUUUCCGAUCCCAUCAACAUCAACACGCCGCAAGACUCCAAUGCUUCAAGCAAUCAGAGCCUGGGAAAGUUCCUGGGCCAGGAGAUCAGCGGAGAGGAUGAGAUUAGCGUGGAUGAUAUUGACAAGUUCAGUGUGAACAUGAAUAAGACGCUGCUGGAGCACAACAUCACGCAGUUCAAGGAGGAAUUCCAUUCGUACUACAACAGCACUGUAAUCGAGGAUCCGGACAUGGCCAAUAGGAUGAAGGCUUCAUUUGGAAAUCUCACAGUCUCACAGUUGCUGUCAAGGUCCCACAGAAGAGCAAUGACGAUUCAACUGAAAUUUGACUUCCCGUUCUAUGGCAAUCCCUUGAGGAACAUCACAAUAGCCACCGGAGGAUUUCUCUACACUGGAGAAUAUGUGCAUUCCUGGUUGGCGGCUACGCAAUAUAUUGCGCCACUGAUGGCUAACUUUGACUCCCGCAUCUCGAAUAACUCUUUUGUGAAAUAUUUGGAUAACGGAACGGCAUUCACUGUGUUGUGGGAGAAUCUGUACCUGCAGGAUCACGAAACAGAGAAGCCAUUCACCUUCAGUGCCACACUCCACAAGACUGGAGACGUCGUGUUCGCCUACUACUCUGUGCCGGUGCCAAUUGAGGGGAUCCGCGAUGAGAAGCAUCCCGUCAAAGUGGGCCUCUCAGAUGCAUACAUCAGUGACAAGACGAUAUUCUUUGCAAGGAGAAAGACAAUUUAUGAGUAUCACCGAGUGACUUUCGAAAGCAAUGAUAUCAGAAAUGGCACGGUUAUCUUUCUCAGUGCACAACCAACUUGUCUCUCGCUCACCGAUUGUGUUUCGUGUCUGAAGAAGCUAACUUCAUUCAAGUGCAAUUGGUGUCCCACCGUUAAUCGAUGCUCCACAGGCACGGAUCGGCAGCGACAUGAUUGGGUGCAGAAGGGAUGCGAGAAGGUGCAGAUUGUGGAUGAGAACAAGUGUCCGAUGAUCGGAGACAAGGGCAACAAUGCGGGAAGUGCGUCUGACAGCUCAGAGAGUGGAGACAAGUCUUGGGACAAUCAUUCGGGGGCUUCGGAUGGCGACAGUGGCCACAGAUCUGGUGCCGGCGCGAGUGACGAGAGUCGAGAUGUGAACAGUGUGUCCAAAGUGUCCAAGGAGCUCAUCACCAGCGACAUGGCGGACAGUGGAGCGGGUCACAGUGCUGGCGUGGGAACGGUUCUUGGCUUUCUCAUUCCCAUCAUCCUCGUUCUGUCUGGCGUUCUCUGGGUAUUCUACGCUUAUCGCAAUCCACACACCAAGAGUGGACAAUUUUUGAUACAGCUAAGAGGAUACAAGUACCGUCCGAGUCAGUGGUCAUGGAGAAGGGGAGAAGCGCGCUACACGGCUGCAACGAUUCACAUGUAGAGAGAGAGAGGACGCAACAGAUCUCUGGGGACAGUGUCAAUUUCUUUUAGGGCCAGAGGAAUCCUCUCGAGGCGUCACGAUAUUUAGUGUGUGUGUGUGAGUGUGUUUGUUGGCGGGGAGAAGGAAGCAGAGCAAGAAGAAGGAGUGUUGGGGAUAAAACAAUGAGCCGUAGAGAGAAAGAGAGCAAAUGCACCUAUUUUAUUAGUUGAGAUGAUGCAUAAGAAGUGCCUCGUCAGAGGCACACAACGACAAGAGGGAAACAUAAUAUGAAACAAAGUGCUUAUUGUAAUUUAUUAAGGGUUAUUAUGACGACGGAGAGGACAAUUUGCUAUUAGAAAUUUUUUUUUGUAUGAUUUUACCACAACUGGACACGUUUGUAGUUGGGGAGGGUGGAAUAAAGGAGGUGAAAGUGAAUGAUUUUCGUUGAUCAUUGCAGCUGUGAAUUGUAGAUAAGACAUUGAUAACAAAUAACGAGAAGAAAAAAUACGAUAAAAAUCCUUUUUAAUCCCUUUACUUUAUAUACUCUAAUUAUUAAAUAAUUUUUAUUAUCUAAUUUUAAUUAAUAUAAUUUUAUUUGUAUAGUCGAAUGUGUUUUUGAGGACACUGUCUUUUAACUUCUCUUUCCGCUCCAAUCAAUCUAAUUGUUUUCCUUUUUUUUUUCCUGAUCUUCUAAUGAAGUGAAUCUAAGGUCCGUAGUGAAUACAACUUUUCCGGUGGUAAUCAAAUAUGUUAAGAAAGUUAAGGUAUUGCUAAGGAAAAUUGUUAGUCAUUUUUGUGCACCUCCAAAAUUUCUUCAAUUUUAGAGAUAAAUACUAAAAAACAAUAAUAAUUGUAGACUCUUGCGUUGCAUCACCACAUCAAAGGUUUUAAAGAAGUAAAAUGCAUAUACAUACUAAGUGCAAUAUUUUGUAAGAAAACAAGUGAGAAAGAGCCCGAAAUUAGGAAGAAAAACGAUUGUGAGAAACACUGAAUUGGCAGGACUGCACUAGAAUAUUCUUGAGUAUUGUUAAUUAUGCGAAUUGGAUAAAUUCUUUAGCCUUAAAACCAGUGAAAAUUACCACUUUCAGUAUUUCUUUGGCAAUUAAAUCUCUCUUAGAGAGGAAGAAAGGCAGUAAAUAUUUUCGAAAUGAACAUUUAAUCACUCAGUCCUGCCGAUAAAAUGAUAAAACUGCACCGUCUCAUUGCUUUACAAAAUUACAUUUUUGAGUAGUAAUACAGAAAAAUAUUUAUGACAUAGAGCGACAGAUUGUGACGUUAAUGUAAUUGUGCCUUAAAUUAAAAAAAAAAACUACAGUAAGAUUGUAUGAAAAAUGGUUAAUAACUACAAAAGGCGAGACCAUCCAUAGAAAUGGCCAGACAUCCUCCCAAUUAGGCAACUAUUCUUCCAUCCCUGAGACGCUGUUCGUCAAAAUAACGUCCUGUGACGUGUUUUCAUGGUCCAUUAGAGAGACACAACAAAUUGUUUUUCUUUCUUUUUUGUAACACAGUGAAAGACAGAUAAAAAUACAUGAGGAAAAUGAGUAGAAA